AUGUCCCCCUGGCUCACCUGGCUGACACAGGCCAUUCCCCUGCUACUGCCCUGGCUGGUGAGGGUUGGGGUAGCGAUGGCUCAGGCAACUGUGUGUUCACGGUGGGACCAUUCGGUCGGUCUGGAUGACCUUGGUCUAUCCCAGGAAGGUGAUGUGAUGAUCGGGGCUGUCUUCCCUGUCCAUAACCUCCCCCUUGUUCCAGACCUGAGCUUCAGCCAACAGCCUAACCUGCUGUCCUGUGUCAAUUUCCAGGAGGAACCAUUGAGAUGGGUGCACGCGCUGGUGUUUGCAGUGGAUGAGAUUAACCGUAACCCCUUCCUGCUGCCAGGAGUCCGGCUGGGCUACCGUGUCCUGGACAGCUGUGGUCAGCACCCCUGGAGCUUGCGAGGGGCACUGGCCUUGGUGUCAGGGGGGAGCCUUAGAUCGUUGCCAUCAAGCGUCUCCCACGUUCCUCUGGUCAUUGGUGAUGCAUCGUCCACUCAGGCCAUCAUCCUGGCCAGGACCCUGGGGCCCCUCUCUGUGCCUGUGAUCAGUUACCAGGCCAGCUGUGGCUGUCUCAGUGACAGACAGAAGUUCCCUAACUUCUUCAGGACCAUCCCCAGUGAUGUCUACCAGGCCCUUACCAUGGCCCGGCUCACCAGGCUCUUGGGAUGGACCUGGGUCGGGGCUAUCGCUGCAGACAACGACUACGGUCGGCAGGCCAUACAGGUGUUUGAGGCGGCGGUUAGGGGGACGGGGGUGUGCCUGGCGUUCUUUGAGACCCUCAACCGGGCGAACCUGGUGAGGGAUGUGGAGCGAGCAGCAGACACGGUCCAGGCCUCGACAGCGCGGGUCAUCCUAGUCUUCCUCUGGUACACUGACAUAGGGGCGUUACUCCUGGAGCUGGGGAGGAGAAAUGUGACGGACAGGCAGUUUCUGGCCAGUGAGGCAUGGAGCACCAGCGGACAACUGCUACGGAACCCCGCCCUCUUUAACGUCUCUCGGGGCGUAUUGGGUGUGGCUAUCCGUAGUGCACCUAUGCCUGGCUUUGAAGCCCACCUUCGAAGUCUCCACCCCUCUCGUCGCCCCGGAGACGUCCUGUUGAAGGAACUCUGGGAAACGGAGUUUGGUGGGGCAGAGACUCUGGAGGUGGUGCAGAGCCCUUUCACAGACACCUCUCAGCUGAGAGUAACCUAUAAUGUGUAUCUGGCUGUGUAUGCUGCAGCCCACGCCCUCCACAGCCUGCUGUCCUGCCCCCAGAGAGACAGCCCUUCCUGGGGUAACAGCUUCACCUGCUCCCCUCCUCACAAGAUCAGUCCAGCAGAGCUGUUGCAGCACCUGAAUCAGGUUAACUUCACCACUCCACUUGGGGAGCCGUUUUACUUCCGGGGCGCGGAUGUCCCUGCUGUCUACGACCUUGUGAACUGGCAGGCCACGCCCCAGGGGUUGCUCAAACUUGUCACGAUUGGCCGAGUAGAAGGGUCCAAUAUCCUCAUCGACCAAUCAGCCAUCCAGUGGAACGCAGGAUCUAAUAUGGUGCCUGUGUCAGUGUGCAGUGACAGCUGUCCCCCAGGCACCCGGGUAGCCAGGAGGAAGGGGGAGCCGGUCUGCUGCUUCGACUGCAUCUCCUGUGCUGAGGGAGAGGUCAGCAACACCACAGGCUCUCUACAAUGUGACCACUGUCCUCUGGAGUUCUGGUCCAACGGCAAUCGGACGGCCUGCAUCCCUCGUCAGCUCGAGUUCCUCUCCUUCAACGACACCAUGGGCGUCACUCUGACCACUGUUGCCGUGUGCGGCGCUGUGGCAACAGCGGCUGUGUUUAUGCUCUUUGUGUACCACCGCCACACCCCUCUGGUGCGGGCCAACAACUCAGAGCUGAGUUUCCUGCUUCUCCUGUCACUCAAGCUCUGCUUCCUGUGUUCGUUGGUGUUCAUUGGGCGUCCCUCGGUGUGGGCGUGUCAGAUCCGCCAGGCGGCGUUUGGGGUCAUCUUUGUGCUCUGUCUCUCCUGCCUCCUUGUCAAGACCAUCGUGGUUCUGGCUGCGUUCCGCUCAGCCAGGCCCGGUGCUGGGCAGCUGAUGAGGUGGUUUGGACCCGUGCAGCAGAGAGGGAGUGUCUUCCUCUUUACCAGUGUUCAGGUGAUCAUCUGCGCCGUGUGGUUGUCGAUAUGUCCUCCCCUGCCUUACCGUGACCUAGGCCUCAAGGGGUCUAAGGUCAUCCUGGAAUGUGAGAUGGGCUCUGUGGCCGGCUUCUCUCUGGUGCUGGGCUACAUAGGCUUGCUAGCCUCUCUCUGUCUCCUCUUAGCCUUUCUGGCCAGGAAACUCCCUGACAACUUCAAUGAGGCCAAGUUCAUCACCUUCAGCAUGCUGAUCUUCUGUGCUGUAUGGAUCUCCUUCGUCCCUGCCUACGUCAGCUCUCCUGGGAAGUACGCAGAUGCAGUGGAGAUAUUUGCCAUCUUAGCAUCCAGCUUUGGGCUGCUGUUCUGUCUGUUUGCUCCUAAGUGUUUCAUCAUCCUCCUGAGACCAGAGAGAAACACCAAGAAACACAUGAUGUCCAAAUAGAAACCACCAAGAAACACAUGA